AUGAACCAGUCUCAGUUACUGAACCGGAGUUACCACCCUUGGCCACCACCACGGCCCAAAAAUCAACAAACUUUCCAAGUUUCACAAACACCUAGCGUGAACCGGAGUAAUUGGAAACCAAACCGGUCCAACAACAAACCACGCCGGUUUUUUCAUCAGAAAAAGAAACAACAAAGAGAAAAUUACCGUUUUACCCCUUUCACUCCACACAACACGACAUCGUUUCUAAUCCGAGCAAAGAAAUCCGGUGGAAUCGCCUCUUUAGUUUCUCCUUAUCCGGUGACGCCAGCUGUCCUACCAACACCCAAGUUUUCUCCGGCAAGGGAUGUUUUAGCUGACGUGGCAAAGGAAGAGUGGGGUGUAAACGGGUACGGGUCAAUGAACGGGCUUAUCCGGGUCAGGUCACCUGAGAAUGAUCCGGAUGAAGGGGUUAUUGUAUCUUGGGAUAGUGAUGUUGAGGAAGUUGAGAAGAGGUUGAGUCAUGAUUUGAGCCGGUUUGAGAUGAUAUAUGACCCGGGAAAUGGCGGGUCGGGUUACAGAGUUGAUGACGUGGAGGAACAUAUAGAGAGAUUGGAAGAAGAGAAUAUGGAGUUGAAGGAGAAAAUGUAUGUAAUGGAAAGGGAGUUGGUGGAAUUGAGGAAAAGGGUUAGGUAUUUGGAAGGUGAAAAUGGGUCGGAUAAUGAAGGUGGUUCUGAGAAAAGUGUAGGAGAUUGA